AUGAGUUUGACGAACCCGAGCGAAAUCGUAACGUCAAGGUCUACUAUAUUCGUCCGCAACUUACCAUACGAUAUCACCGAGACUCAAUUUGAGCAACUAUUUGAUGAUGUAGGACCUAUAAGAAGUAGCUUCUUGGUUCGGGAUAAAGGUACAAAGGAUGAAUGUCGCGGGUUUGGUUAUGUGACUUUUACCUUGCAGGAGGAUGCAGAAAGAGCUACAACACUGAAAAAAAGUAUUAGAGGACGUCAUAUUCAAAUUUUACUAGCUCAGAGAAAGUUUGAUACUAAUACGAAGAGGAAACAAAAUCACGAUGAGAUUGAAGAAGUAAAUAGCAGCCAUCUCGAAGCACCAGUGAUAAAGAAAUCUAGAUCCUAUUCACAAUUAGACAACGUACAGUUAGAAAAUACAAUAUCAUCUAUUGUAUCACGUGCAAAUUCUGGAAGAACAAUUUUAAUUCAAAAUUUAUCUCCGGAUAUUUCCAGGAAGCGGUUGUAUAAACGGCUUAGGAAGAAGGUCGACAUAGAGGAAUUGAAGUAUCCCCUACCUGGUUCGCAGCUCAAUGUGCAAAUUGUUUCCAAGAUCGAUAAGACACAGUCGAAGAAGUCUCUAAAUAAAGCAAAGAUCAUUGUUCGAAAUCUUUGCUUCAACUGCCGAGAAAGAGAUUUGAAGGAAAUAUUUUCGCAAUUUGGAAAUGUGAUCACUGUGAACAUUCCACCUAAGGGAGGAUUUGCGUUUAUCCAGUUCGAAAAUGUCUUUCAUGCGGCGAAUGCUAUAAAGGAACUCAAUAUGACGGAAGUGAUGAAUCGUCGAAUUUCUUUGGAUUGGGCGUUACCAAAAUCACUUUAUUUGAAAAAUACAGCUGAGAAUAGUAAAGAACACGAGGGUGAAAAAGUAACAUCUGACAACUGUGAUUCUGAUUUAACAGACAGUGACUGUGAAGCUGUCGCAAAAACUGAUAGUGCAAAUACAACGGAAAAUGCUGAGGAAGAAACUAAACGCAACAGACAUGAAAUUAAGGAGGAUGUCCAGGAAGGGAAAACGUUAUUUAUACGGAACCUUUCAUUUGACUGUAAAGAAGACGAAUUAAAGGAAUUCUUCUCGAAAUUUGGCAAGAUUCGAUAUUGCAAGAUUGUUAUUGAUCGGGCUAAUGAUUAUUCUCGAGGUGUAGCAUUUGUGAAAUAUGUUGAAAAAGGAAGUGCUGACAAAUGCCUGGAAAGUUACAACAACGGCGAUUACGACUUUACUUUACAUGACAGGAAACUUAUCAUCUGCCGCGCCGUAUCACGGACCGAUGCUUGCAAUUUUUCAGUAACAAAGCCAUCCAAAGAUCAAGAUAAAAGAAAUUUAUAUCUAGCUAGUGAAGGAGUUAUCACAGCUGAUAGCGCUGCUGCUGGAGGAUUAUCCAAAUCAGAUUUAAAGAAACGUGCCAUGACGGAAAUGAAGAACAAAGCCAAGUUAAAGAACCCUAACUAUUUUGUAUCGAAAACAAGGUUGUGUAUUCGCAAUAUUCCAAUUCAAGUUAGUGAUGCUGAUCUCAAGAAAGUAAUCAUAUCUUCAGUAGAUGAGAAGAGGCCUGUUAGAAUAAAGAAAGUAACGAUAAUGCGUGAUCGUAAUCGGAUUAACAGCCACGGAAUCGCGAAAUCUAGAGGUUUUGGUUUUAUGGAACUUUUAAAUCACGAUGACGCACUGAAAAUUUUACGAGCAAUUAAUAAUAAUCCUCAUAUUUUUGGAUCUGAAAAGCGACUAAUUGUAGGAUUUGCAAUAGAAAACCAAAGGGCACUUCAAAAGAAGAAAUUAAGGCAGGAAAGGAGCAAGACAAAGCUGCAAGUGAGACAAAACCACCGCAUACCGACAAAUAUUGAAACUGAUAAUUAUGGCAACAAUGAGAGAGUAAAUCUGAGGAUAUCAGCGAAUAAAAUCGAGAAUCAGACAAAGUUAAAAACAAGGCCGAAUUUCAAAGGCUUAAAAGAUGAAAGUUCUUUUAUCAACCAGGUCUUACCGUCAACAUCUGAUGUUAAUGUUAAUAUUAACGACCGUCAUAAUAUCGGUGGAUCAUUCUCGUCUGGAGCUAGUGCAGAUGCCAGAGUAUCUAAGUUUUCAAACAAGAAGAGAACUUAUGAUCAUUCUAGAAAGACAAUCAAGCACAAUCUACUUCGCCGCAAAAGUAAAAGCAAAAAGGAAAAACCCUUAAAUGAACUAAUUAGGAAACCUAAAGUGAAAAUUUGA